AUGUCGACGUGUACCGACGAGGCCGACAACGCGCCCCUGCACAUGCAGGAGUCUCUAUCUCCGGUGCAAGAGGCGCCAGUCUCGCCGGCAUCCUCCUCUCUGAGCAACCCAAAUCAAAAUGAGGGCGAUCAGCAGGUCAUGCUAGCGACCAUGCAACCGGUGAGCGUGCUCGAUCUGCAUGAACCGCCGGCGGUGCACACGCUUCACCCCAAGUACCAUCACCACCGCCACCAUCACCACCACCACCACCACCAUCACCACCACCACCAACAGCAGCAACAGCAGCAACAACAGCAACAGCACAUCCAGGGCGACCCGGACGACGUGCAACAGCGCGCCCCGGACGACCCGGAUGGACGCGUGACUCCCGGCGCCGAGACGGACGCGACCAACGCGAGCCUCGGCGGCAGCGAGCACAAGAUGAUCGAUCUCAUCUACAACGACGGCCAAAAGACGGUCAUGUACACCCACGACAAGGAGAUCAUCUACGAGAACGAGGCGGACCGUGUGCAGGUGGUGGAGUACCCGCCGCCACCUCCGUCGCCGACGUCCCCGUCGCCCCCGUCGGCCGUCACGAGGGCGGCGGACCUGUUGCCGCCGACCUGCAUCACCCCCAGGUCCGCUUCGGCGGCGACCGCCACCGCCCUGCAUCUGCACCACUAUCCGCAUCUGCAGCUGCAACAUGAGGACGACCUGCCGCCGACGGUGCGCCACGCGGUCAGCGCGACAGUGCCGAACUGCGGCGCCGCGACCACCACGACGACGGUGCUGGUGCUGUCGGAGCUCGUCGCCACGGACCCGACUACCCAGCAGCUGACGCUCACCGCCGCCGCAGCGGCGUCCCUUCGUGCCGGGCGACGCAGUCGCGGCGAGGAGGACACCAACGGCAACGUCGUCAGCGACGACGCUCAGCAGCAGCAACAGCAACAGGCCUACGUGUCCGGCCAGCGUGAACCGGAAGAGGAGGAAGAGGAGGCGGCAGCCCAGGCGGCGCAGUCCCUGCAGAGCGGCGCCGAGGACGCCGAUCCGGAAGUCCACAAGAGGGUCGCCGCUGUGCAGGUGCAGGUGCAGGGUAUGGAGGGCGACUGGCGCACCUACUGCGAGCAUCCGCUCUCCGUGGCGACCGCAGCGAUGCUAAACCUGCAGCAGCAGCACCAGGUGUCGGCGGUGGCCAGCCACGGCGAUGACGCUUCCUACGUUUACGAGUAUUACAAGCUACCCGAGAAGACGACGGCGGACGUCAAGCUGCCUCCCACGCAUGAGCUUUGGCCCACGGGUGUGAUGGGCCAGAAGCUGCUGGUACAAGAGGCGCCUGGCUCCGGUUCCGCCUCGACGAAUCGCAUGGAAGGCGGUGAAAGCGCCGGUGGGGGGGAGCUACACCACUUCCUCCAUCAGUACAACCAGCAGUCUCACAGUCCUGGCCAGAGCCUGCAGGGUGGCCUUCCGCUUCCGCUGAGCCCGCAGUCCCUGCGACACGACGGUACCUCGAGCGCCGGCAUCGCCGGGGUCAAGAGGGAACCAGAGGACCUCAGCUCGUCGCGCGGCGGUCAGCAGUCCAGCAAGCGGCACAAACAGGCGCAGCCGGACAGCCCGACACCGCCGGGAAUGUACCAUCAUCAUCAUCAACAGCUACAGGUGCAGCAAUACGGCAGUCCCUACGACCCCUACUCAUCGUGCAGUCCGCGAUUGCAGUCGACCGCGUACACGUCCACAUCGGCGACCGGGACCGGGAAUGCAGCGAACACGGGCGGUCUCCACCAGGAGGCAACGACGGUCUACGUCGCCGGCGAUGCCCUGCCGCCGCUCGCAUCGUCGAGCUCGUCCUCGUUGUCCACCACGACCGCUUCGUACACGAGGUACGAGGUUGUGCCGAGCUCAUACGCUACGACACACGCGAUACGCUCGUCAUCGAGCAGCAGCAAAGUGCUGACCGUUGAUCUUCCCAGCCCCGAUUCCGGUAUAGGCGCCGACGCGGUCACACCCAGGCAGGACCAUCAUCCACCCACGGCGCUUCAUCAGUCCUCGUUCGACUACACGGAACUAUGCUCCGGCGGGACGACAGCCGGAGCGGCGGUGGUCCUCGAGAGCGGCGCCGUGAUACACCACCAACCCCUACAGCUACAGCUGCAACAGAAUCACGCGCAGGCACAGGUGCAACGAAGCGGUCUCGUGUCCGCAGGUGCGACGAAUCCCAAUCCGAAUCCAAACCCGCCGAGGUCGCGGCCUUGGCACGAUUUCGGCAGACAGAACGACGCCGACAAGAUCCAGAUACCGAAAAUUUUCUCGGCCUACGGAUUUAAGUACCAUCUGGAGUCGCCAAUCAGCACGUCGCAGCGACGCGAGGACGACAGAAUAACGUACAUCAACAAGGGCCAAUUCUACGGGAUCACGUUGGACUACGUGGCCGAUCCUGACAAGCCACUCCUCAAGGCAGGUCAGACAGUCAAGAGUGUGGUAAUGCUGAUGUUUCGCGAGGAGAAGAGCCCGGAGGAUGAGAUCAAAGCCUGGCAGUUCUGGCACGGCAGACAGCACUCCGUUAAGCAACGGAUUCUCGACGCUGACACAAAGAACAGCGUCGGCCUGACAGGCUGCAUAGAGGAAGUUGCGCACAAUGCGAUUGCCGUUUACUGGAACCCACACGAAUCGUCGGCGAAGAUAAACGUGGCAGUACAGUGUCUCAGCACUGAUUUCUCGAGUCAGAAAGGCGUGAAAGGUCUGCCGUUGCAUAUACAGAUCGACACGUACGAGGAACCACCGCCCCACACGCACACUUACACCCCGCCAUCCCAUCGCGGCUACUGUCAAAUUAAGGUCUUCUGCGAUAAGGGAGCGGAGAGGAAGACUCGCGACGAGGAGAGACGCGCUGCUAAGAGAAAGAUGUCGGCGACCGGCAGAAAAAAGCUCGACGAGCUUUAUCACUCCGUCACGGAGCGCAGCGAGUUUUACUCCAUGGUCGACCUGCACAAACCGCCGGUGCUGUUCUCGCCGCCAGCCGAGCACGCCAUCGACAAGUUCUCGACGAUGGAGUUGUCGGGCUUCUACGGUGGUGGCGGCGGCGGGGGCGGGGGUGAUACCGACACCUCAUCUCUCAGUAACGGUGAAGGUGGAGGAUUGAAGGCGGGGAGUAGCAGCCCCUAUCCGGCAUGCGGCAGACCCAGCUUGCCGGCCCUCAAGUUCCACAACCACUUUCCGCCCGACAAUCUCAGUAAUCUGCACGACAAGAAGGACUCGUUGCUGAUGCAGGUGCAGGAGCUGCAAGGCUCGGUGCUGCAAGGAGUGCAACAGACUGGUCUCACGGGCACGGUGGUGUCUAGCGUCGGCAAUCGACUGCAUCUGCAACAGCAGACCCCGCACAUGCGCCCCGCUGACUCUGAAGAGCGCGUCAUGUUGUACGUGCGUCAGGAGUCGGAGGACGUCUAUACGCCACUGCACGUCACGCCGCCGACGGUCCAAGGGCUGCUCAAUGCUAUUGAGUCAAAGUACAAAAUUGCAUCCUCGAGUAUUAAUAACCUCUAUCGCAAAAACACAAAGGGAAUUACAGCGAAAAUUGAUGACGACAUGAUCCGCUACUACGUCGACGAGGACCUGUUUCUGCUGGAGGUGAGCCAUUCGCGAAUCAACCCGGACCCGAGCGCCGACCGCAACCCGAACAAUCCGGGCUCGCCGGGCGAUCCCAGCGACCCGGGCGAUCCUCCCGCCACAGCCGGAUACGACGUCACCCUCAUCGAGCUGCCGCAUCUGGCACACUCACCCCUCGCCAACUCUGCACACGCACACACACACGUACACGAUAACGGCAACACGUGAACUCGCUCGGGCGAGAGCGAAUUGGUUCUCAAUUGUGUACAUAUAUAUGUUUGCGGAGUUGGCGACCGUCGCGGAGAACGCUCGUCCGGAAGAGCUGAGUGCAACGACGACGAUCAAUGGAUGGACAAAACGGAGUCUGCCGCGGAGUCGCGUCGCGUUGAGGACGAUUCUCGUACGGCUUUGACGGCCAACGACCCCGACGGGUGCAUUCAUCGCUGUGGAAGGCGACGCGCUAAUCAGUUGUCGGCGACGACUCUCUGAGAGAGAGAGAGAGAGAGAGAGAGAGAGAGAAGAGAGAGAGAGAGAGAGAGAGAGAGAGAGAGAAAGAGAGAGAGAAAGAAAAGAGUUGAGAAGAUACCGCGGGACAUCGGACCUCAAACGCGGCGAUUCUGAAGAUCGGACGUCGCUUCAACCUGUGUGCUUUUCAUGUAACUUUCCACAACAUCGUUAUCGUUCAACGUCGUUGCGCAGUUAUUAUGUUAUAUGUUGUAUUUGCACGUUGACGCGUAACGCUUGCGUUACAGUUGUAACGCAUGCGUUAAAAAAUAAAUUACACAACAGCGAGUCUGCUGGACUCCGUUCGUGUAAUUGUACUAUAACGUUAUAAGCAGAGUCUAGAUGCAUCUGUAUUGCUCUCUUUUGUAAUGUGGCUAGACGGGCAGACGUUCAUUGGGACGUUUGAUGGAUGUUUCGUUCAUAGUUAUGGUCUGAGUAAGGCUUUUUGAUGUUCACACAUCACAUGAUGUGCGGGCUUCAACUCGGCGAACAAGUCGAAUGUGCAACAGUACCCAUACACGUCGCUACGGUCGCGCACGGAGCGACUUGUUACUUUAUAUUGUUUGUUUUUCUUCAGUGAACAAUUUAUGUCGACGAUUGUUAGCUUAGGGUACGCGAUGCGUCGCGCGACAAGCGCGCGAACGCCAUGUAAAUCAAUCAAAAUUGAUUUAAGGAAGCCUCAUGGCCCAGUAUAUUAGAUAUGUGUAUGACGUAAAUAUGUAAGUGUAUAUGAGAUAGAAACGGCCACUGUGUGUAUGUGUCUCAAUUCGCACGUCAGCCAAUGUACGGGCUCUUAAUUUUUUCGCGUAUAUUAUUUUUAACAAAGAAAAAACAUCGCGCGUCGCAUUUAAUGUGCUCAUCGGUAUUAACUUCGCAAAUUAUCACCUCGAAAGUAUCGACAACUCGUGCAUACAUUGUAACGCGCGUACCGUCAUUCCACGAUAAACGAAUAACGUUCCGAUGUACGUUAGUCAACGACAUGAGAAAUCGUAACUUUCCCUGUCGUGCUUCUGCAUCUUCGCUUGACCCUCGUCGUCGUAAGAAACGUUUAGACGCGCGGUCUGUCGAUCCCGCGGUGAGUCGUAAAUCGCGUGAAAACAUAACAGAAAUGCCUGGAUCUUAAUGGAUUAUACAGUGCCUGUAUAAGACGGUCGAAUAUGACAGGAAACCAAUGUUUGGCCGCUCUGCGGCUGUCUAUUAUUAGCCAAGAAUCCGUCGUUCAUUCCUCAUUACCGGCAAAGACUUUCACAUCCGUUCGCGGAGGAGCUUAUUCAAAUUAAAUUACAAUUGGCUUCUGUGUAUUGCAAACGGAUAUAAAUUCUUGUUAUCUGCAGUACACUUCAUUUUAAACAAGGAUAGAUGUUGAAGGUAGGCGAAAAAUAAACUCUGAAGUCGACUUAUCCGAUAUGAAAGAUAGACUAGUAACAGAUCGAGAUAAAUUGUUUACUAUUUUUCGAUUCGUUCGAAUUAAAAUCGAAACAUAUGCUUUCAACCCGUAGAAUGCAAACAGUGGCUUAUCUUCAGUUUGAGAAGAAAGAUCGGAAAUACGAAAAAAGAAAUAUUAUAUUAGAAAACUUAGAGAGAGACUCGAACGUUUUAUAUUCCAAAAUUAGAAACAAAAUGAGUCGUAAAUUAGAGCUAUAGUUUAUUUAAAAAUUAGAUUAUAUCGACGACAUAACAAAUUAGAUUUAGAACGACGUAUUGAUAGCUCAAGAUUAAUUGAUAAGACAGAGGAACGGUCUGCUCUUCAUCGUAAGCGAGAUGACCUCAGUUUUCGGGCGCAAUUUGCCCCAUGUCGUUAUGACUUUUCUACGCGAAGAUAUCGACGAGCGGCAAAUCUGUCAGAACUACUGACAAUGUUGUGCGGCACGCGUUUUUGGUCGUGCGCCCUUCCGAAAAAGGGAAGGUGUGAAGUUCGAGACUAAACGUACUACAGUAUGUCGACACGCGCGUCGCCACGCCUGCCCUUUCGGAACGAUCGACACGCGUUCUCUGAAAAAACGCACAUUCGUAUCUCAGUGAAAAAUUGAUGUAAGAAUGUGAAACAAAUGCCAUUUUUCUCGGUCUUUCACGCUGCACGCAUUCACGGUGUUCGGAUGCGCUUUUGUUAUGACAUUCAUAUUUAUAAUCAUGAUAUGUUUAUAAUCAUGAUAUGUGGAGAACACGAUAUAUUGUUUCAGAAGAACGCCAUAAUAUAUUUGGACAUAGAAAUAGAGUU